GCAGGAGGCUUCCUCAGCUUGUGCAGUCCUACUCUUACCCUCCGUCACAUUCCAGCAUCAGGCUCGACCAUGUGGACUCUGACCAAAACCCUGCUGCUCCUCGCCUGCUGCCUCUGGGCGGCCGAGGGGCAGGGAGAGAACGGCAACACCAGGGCCCCCGGUAACGGGGCACCGGAGACUAGGAAGAGCGUGUGGGAGGAUCCCAUCCAGUUCACCAACAAGGGGAACGACGCCUGCACCAUGAUCGUCACCGGCCAGGGCGAAUUCACCAGGCUGCGGAUAUCGUGCCGGGGAGAGAACAGCUCCUACUGGUGCGAGUACAUGGGGAAACCUCAGACCUGUCGCUCCUACAACAACAACCCCAGGCAUUACUUCACCCAGAUCAUGUGGGACCUGAGGAAACUGCCAAACGCUUGCCAGGCACCCAAGUCUAUCAAGCCCCAGAUGUGCAAGAGGGCGCCUGAAGAGUCUGGGCUGGUCUUCUCAUCUGCUUCCACAUCUGAAGGAGCCGCCCCCCAGAGGCCUGAGAGGACCCAGGAGAGGCAGCCCGCUCAGGGCAGACCAGAGCCUAAGGCACCCACAACCAAGCAGACGGGUGCUAAGCCAGCCGCAGCCAAACCCGAGCAGGCGAAACCAGCCAGACCAGAUCAAGCCAAGCCAGAGCAAGCCAAACCUGAGCAGGCGAAACCAGUCAGACCAGAGCAAGCUAAACCAGAGCAAGCCAAGCCUGAGCAGGCGAAAACAUCCAGACCAGAGCAAGCGAAGCCAGAGCAAGCCAAACCUGAGCAGGCGAAACCAGCCAGACCAGAGCAAGCUAAACCAGAGCAAGCAAGACCGGCACCUGCAAGACCUGCAGCAGCCAAGCCGGACCAAUCCAAGACAGAUCAGGAACAUGGCAAAGCUGCUCCAGCCAAGCCAGGCAAGCCAGUAGGGAAGAUACCCGCACUGAAGAAGAUGUUGACUCCUAAGCCUGCCGCUCCAAAGCCUACCAAGGCGGCUGUGAAAAGCAAUGCCAAGAAGAUGGCCCAAGAAUAUUGCUGGCGAUCACUCCAGGGCGUCUGUACCUACGUGAUUGGUUGGUUUCGGAAUUAAUACAGAGGUUUUUCAUGCCUUGAGAAGAUGACUUCGAAGGUCUGACCUUAGUGGUGCCCAACGCGGCUUCCCAGAAGAGGGGUUUGAUAAACGCAGAAGAGCUCUUACGCCCUCUUCAGAAUAACGACAGUUACGACAUUUCUGUCAAACUAUACGCUGCCACUAUUUCACCAUGAGUUAUGUAUGAAUGUUACAUCAAGGCUGAUACUGUUCCGAUUUGCUUGGGAGAAUGUCAUUCCAAGUUUCACAACGAUGACUGAAAACAUAAUGCAACCUGACAGUAGCAUUGGGUUUGGACAGACUAUGUGUAUCCAUCAUCUUUCAAAUGUACAUAAUGAUCCUUAAAGUGACAUGGUUUUGAACCAUAACUUUUUUACCGUUUCGUGUCAAAUCAGACAGUUAAAUGUUUUCCGACUCUAUAAUGGACUCUCCUAAGGCAGAUAAGCCAUUGGUUUCACCUUUAUUAUUUUUAAGUUUGUAUCACUCUAUACUAUGUAUCGAAUAUACUUUGCGGGAUAAGAACAAGGUUUUGAGUUAACGUAGAGUGGCUGAAAAUGACAACUUCACUAGUUCAUUGGACUGAAAUGUUACAAAAAUAUCUGAAUGGAUGUCUACAUUUGUAUGUAGAUGAAUGUGAUUAUGAAUAAAAGUUGGUUCCUA